UUACAGAUCGUGACUAUGUGUUAAGAUGCUUAGACCUGCCCUCCCUUGACUUGAGGGAAUUUACAAUUUGAACAUUUUCUUUGUAAAAGUGUAGAUUCUGUCAUCAAGCCUAAUUGCUAGUUUUGUUUUCUCAAUGCUUCUGUUCAGUGAAAACCAUAGUCAUUGCUUGACAGAGGAAACUAGAAUUUAAACCAAAAACCAAAGCACCUGAGUAUUUUCUUUUUCUUGUGUUUGGUUCCUCCCAGUCCCCACCCCCCCCCAUUCCCACGCUCAUCUUCCCGUAUGUAUAGUCUGUCUUUCUGAAUUAUGCCUUUUUAGUUUCUGAUUCUGUUGUGUUCACACCUUGGCCACACAGCUGUCAGAUGCAUGAUCGCUUGGAAUGGAAAUUGUCGUUGCAGAUACUCUGAGUUAAAUUUUUAAACGUAUGCAAUCAGUUUAACUUUCAUUCAGUUGUACACAGCCAGAAACGUGAUAUAUGUGUUUUUCCAGCCAAGUAUGUCAUUUCAAUGCACCAGAACUUGAGCUAAUCCUUAUGCAAAGAUCAUUUAUGGAUAUAAUAUUAACCUAUCUACUUAGAACUCACCAAGAUUAAAUAUAUUAUUGUCUCAGGGAGAAAUUUCUGUGUUGGGAAGUAAUAUUGAAAAGAGGAUAGAAAGGAUUUUUUGAGUGUUGAGCUAAGGAAAUGGGAAAUGAACAUUUUUGCUGAUACAAUCUGCCAGCAAAUGUAACUGGCUCCUACUAGCCCUGUUAUUCACUAAAAGUUUUAAAUUUGGCAUAUUUUACUAUGCAUUGAAACUUUGAAACAAGUUUACUUGUAGAAGGAAUAACUUUAAGGCUUCUAAUCCAAUUUUUAAAAAAUCAACUCAAAUCCAAAACAAGGAAAACUUUACCAGCUCACAUGGAAGAACUGAGAAGUUUUUGUUAACCACAGUAAAGUGGAGGAAGAUUUCAUGUAAUAUUUAAAAAAAAAGAAGAUUUUUUUGGUCCAGAAAAAGACUGUAAGGAAAUACACAAACUAAUUUCUUUAGAGGGAGGAGUCGGAUUAUAAAUGGGAUUUUGGUUUUUAAAUAUCUUUCUAUCUUUUUUUUAAGAGCAAAUACUGAUUUUAUAGUAAGGAAAGAACUUUAAAAACAAUGAAAUGGAGUAACCUUGUAAAGUUUACCAGUUGUGCUGUUGUACUUUGAGCUAAGAUCUCUCUGUACUAGUCACAAGGAGCCAAAUAAGCAAAUAAAACAGUGAUUACAGAGUCUUAUGAGAAAUAUUUUCCCAAAAAUGAUACUAUCAUAUUUUUCAAGGUUACUUGUAAAGAAACUGCUCAUUGAGUGUACUUUAGCUAACAGGGAAUCAUGAUUGGCUGUUACCAUGGCCCUUAAUAUGAUGAGUGGAAAGGGAAUCAGUAAUAAAAUAGGCCUAGCACCUCCACCUUCCCAAGGGCAGACCAAACUUGUUUGUCCCUCUCCACCAGAACGUAGAGCAUGCGAAACUCCUCAAAUAUUAAAAAACUAAAAAGAAGGCAAAAAUUUCACGAGAGGGCUAAAAUUAGAAUAAGUAAAUCUGAAUGUUGAAUGAUACUAUUUAGGACAGAUGAUACAGCAGCAACAGUAAAACAUUUUUGAUGAAUCUCUGUCUUAUUGCCUUGAAAUUUCCACUUGAUCGUGUAUUUUGGAAGAAUCAAGAUUGAACCAUGGUCAAAGAAGCUUUCAGACAAAAGACAUCAAUCUCUUUCCUUAGUCGACCAGACCUUCCAAACCUGGCUUAUAAGAGACUAAAAGGCAAAAGUCCAGGAAUUAUCUUCAUCCCUGGCUAUAUGUCUAAUAUGAAUGGUACAAAAGCAUUGGCGGUUGAGGAGUUUUGCAAAUCUCUAGGUCACGCCUUUAUAAGUUUUGAUUACUCAGGAGUUGGAAAUUCAGAUGGUAACUUACAAGAAUGCACAGUGGGAAGAUGGAGAAAAGAUGUUCUUUCUGUAAUUGAUGACUUGGCUGUAGGACCACAGAUACUAGUUGGAUCUAGCCUUGGUGGAUGGCUUAUGCUUCAUGCUGCAAUCGCACGGCCACAAAAAGUUGUAGCCCUUAUUGGUAUAGCCUCAGCUGUAGAUGGUCUAGUGACACAAUUUAAUCAGCUUCCUGUUGAGACGAAAAAGGAAAUAGAGAUGAAAGGUGUGUGGAGCAUGCCGUCAAAGUACAAUGAAGAAGGCGCUUACCACAUUCAGUACAGUUUCAUUAAAGAAGCCGAACACCACUGCUUGCUACACAGUCCUAUCCCUGUGAACUGCCCUGUAAGAUUGCUCCAUGGCAUGGAAGAUGACAUCGUGUCUUGGCAUACAUCCAUACAGGUUGCUGACCGGGUCAUCAGCAAGGACGUAGAUGUCAUCCUCCGAAAACAUAGUGAUCACAGAAUGAAGGAAAAAGCGGACCUUCAACUUCUUGUUUACACUAUCGAUGAUUUAAUUGAUAAGCUUUCAACUGUAGUUAACUAGAAUCAAAUUUUUAGUUGGUAGAUAUACUAAUGAUCCAUAAAAUUGAAAGAGGGAUAACAAAUGGAAGAACCUGAUACUUAGGUUUUUCCUCUUAUCUCUGUUUUGUUAAUGUCACAUGAGUAUUUAUUUAAUGAUGUAUUUGCACUUAAGUGAAACAAAUUGUGAAGAAAGUACAGUCUUUGUCUUUAUCCUCAAGGGAUUUGUUCCAAGAUGCUACUCCUCCCCAGGCGCCCUCUCCCCCUGCCCUGCCCCCACCUUGGAUAUACAAAUACAAGGAUGCUCAAGUCCAUUAUGUAAAAUGGUGUAGUAUUUUGCAUAUAACCUACACAUAUCCUCCUGUGUACUUUAAAUCAUCUCUAGAUUAUUUAUAAUACCUAGCAUAAUGUAAAUGCUUUGUAAAUAGUUGUUAUACUAUAUUGUUUAAGGGUCAACUUUUUGGAUUUUUCUUUUUUUUAAUAUUUGCGGUCGUGGUUGGUUGAAUCCAAGGAUGUAGAAUCUCCAGACACUGAGGGCCGACUGUAUCAGCUAUUUGGAAAACUUUCUCCUUCCUUAAAUUUUUGAUUUUUUUCAUUAAAAUAUUUCCUAUUUUUCCAUUAAAGAGAUGUUUAACUUUUAAUGCUAUUUUAACUGCCAGCUUUUAAUUGUUCUCUUGUUCUUAGAAUAAUAAAGCUUAACUUUUUUUGUUUGGUGUCAUUAUA